AUGGCGCUUACUAUCACCAUCAACCACAAGAUGUGCACACUACCGAUGGCUCAAGUGUACAAGUAUCCCACGCUUGUCGACAUGCUGACUGCGAGCAACCUGGAUUUUAUUAAUGAUCUGGAAUUGGACUUGUCCGAAACACCCGUGCGACUGGUUGAUUUGACGGACAAAAAACCCUUCACCGAGGCCAACAUUAUAGCCCGGGACUACCUGGGCUGCAGCACGGUUGUCGACAUUGUCGUCUUCGCAUCCGUCUGGGUUGGGCAGCCCGAACGCAAUUUCAAGCUCCCCAAUCUUCCCGCUGAACUCUUGAACGUGUUUCUGGAAAAGAUUCCGUUGUGGUACGCCAUGAAAUUGCACCUGGUGGGCGAUGUACAUGGACAUGUGCGGAUUGCCAAGGCCUUGCCCGGUUUACAGGCUUCAUUCACGGGAUGCGACAACCCUACGCUAGACUCGGCCGGGGUGCUGGCGUGGCUCGAAACAUACUGUGUGAACUGCCGUCAGACGCUCCUGACCAACUAG